CCUGUUUUACCAGCCGUCUUCUCUUCCUGGGCGCCGGCAUCUUCAUUGUGGGCAACUGGCUGUGACAGCUUGCGGCUUCACAGCCGGGUACCCACUGAGCAUGUGCGAGUAGCUCUGCGCUUUCUGAAUGGUCCUGUAGUCUUCUGGGACCUGUCACUUGUCCCAAAAGACUACAGGGAGGGAGGAAGGGAGGACACCUUCCACUUCCGAUCGACUAGGCGAUCGGAGCGGAAGUGGGAGCGGGUACCUGUCAAAUUACCCGCCCCCCAAAGGUGCCAAUCCUUAAUGGGGAGCGUGGGA